AUGAAUUGGUUUGCAACAACGAUUUAUUACUUUUGCGUCUUAGCUUCGAUAGAAGUAGAAAUGGUCAGAAAAUUACCUUCGGUGAUUGAUGAAACGGAAAAGAGUCGCAUUGACGAGAAUGAGCGGUUUCAUUUAAUUGGCCCAUCUGAGAAAAAUUGGACAUUUCAUCAUUUAGAUUUUAAUGAUUCCAUUAUUAUACGUUUAAGGCAUACACAUUAUGAAUAUUCUAAAUCAAAUAAAACUAUGAGUGAACUUAAAUUAAACUUUUUGGAUAUGAAAGGUUCACGUGUAUUUUAUACAAAGCUUAAUCCUGGCGAUACUUGGGUAUAUCACGAUGAAAGGUAUUUUAGGUAUACGUGGCGCUGCAUUAAUGAAACUCAAGAUAUUGUCAAAUUCAGUUACUAUUUAAAUGGUAUAAAAGAUUUUGAAGCAAUAUUGGAAGUACGACCUAAAAGAGCUCGAAUCCCAGGCGAUUGGCAUCUUGUAAAACCGAUUCCAAUUGGUAGCAAAAUUGUUAUCAAAUAUUGUCUGGGUAAUAGAGUUGGGAAGAGUAUAAUAGUAAUUCGAUUAGCGGACAAGAAUGGAAUAGCAGCACUUACUGUAACUAUAGACUAUACAAUAGGUAUGCUUUUCACAAGGCGCGUUGGAUUGGACGACAAAGACUUAGAAUGCAUUAAUUUUUCAACUAGCAUACGGUAUAUUUUGAAUAUGCUGGGUAGAAUUGAAAUUGCUGUAUUCGCCCAUCAAUAUAAGGUUACUAUGUUAAUGGGUGGAAAACAUAAAGAAAGCAAGGAACCAGCUACGAGAGAAUGUAUGAUUUAUGGCCAUCAUUUAUCUCCAUACGACAUUCAGCAAACUGUUUUUGAUUCAACAAAUAAAAAAAACAUAUUUUAUGCUCAUUAUAUAGAAACAGUGUGA